AUGAAGUCUUUGCUAGCCGACCUAGCUCUGCUAAGAGUUUCCACUCAGGGACCGCAGAUUGUGGCAAAGCGUUAUCUCCCAGCGAGAGGAACAAAGCCUUUGCCGCGGUACCUUUGGGACCUAGAAGAUUUGAAGAAGAAAAGUGGUGGACAGCUUGGUGGGCGUCAUCCUGAAACAGGACGUAAGAUAAAUCAACAUAUAGGUGGUGGAGUCAAGUUUGACUACUUCAUGAUUGACUACCACAGCAGAGCUGGAGACAUUAUGGGAUCGGACAGACGAUGGCUAUAUUCCGGAGAAUCGCUGUUAUUGUUCAUUGGAGAGGGGAAUUCGUAUCCUAUUGGGUCCCUUGUUGCAGGUACAUUGGUGAACAGCGUUGAACGGUUUCCGACAUUGAUCGAAAACUUGGACAGUGAUGUGUUCAUUAUCAAAGCGGGUACGGCGGCAACCAUCGUACGACAUCAGGGAGAUUUCACCGUCAUUCGACUUCCUCACAAGCAUGAGUUUUCCCUACAUCGUACGUGUAUGGCAAGGGUUGGUCGGCUGUCACAUGCUGACAUAGAAGGAAAAAUCUAUGGUUCAGCUCAAAUGCAUAGGCGGUUUGGUUACAAGAUGGCAAGUGGUCUUUUCCAUAAAAAAGACGGUUAUUUUGGUCGUAAGAUUCGACCUCUGCCACCAGUUCGUGUUCUGGACGAACCUACUCCGCCACCACCACCUAAUCAACAGUUCUCUCUGACUAAGGACCAGCUCAGUGGGCUGUUUGGGCACGCAAAAGUUCACAAUUUGUUACCAGCUGGAUACUCAACAAGAGAUUACGACUAUUACAAACCGGAUAAACCGGACAAACCGGAGUAG